CACUCAAUAACCAAAAUUCCCUAUCUAGUAACUACCACCGGAAAACAUGGCCAUCUGCACCUCAACCGCCGAAAACACCAGCUUUAAGUGCUUAAACUAAGUCGUCUCCGUCUUCGUUUUCAAUGAUAAAAAUUCCAUCACCCUUUUGAAAUGGACACUGUAAAAUUUUUAUCCCUUUUAAAAACCUGCAAGUCCUUAAUAAAGGGUAAGCUCAUUCACCAGAAAAUAAUCACUUCAGGCUUUCACAACAACAUUGCCUUAUGCAAAACUCUCAUCGCCUUUUACUUCUCUUGCAAUUUACACCGCUCGGCCGGCCGUGUUUUCGAUACCAUCGACAACCCAUCAGACAUUUCUUUAUGGAACACUUUAAUGGCUGCUUACACUAAGAGUUUCAUGUUCGUUGAAACUAUUAAGCUUUUCGAUAAGUUAUGGAAAUACCCUUUGUUGAAGCCUAAUGGUUUUACUUAUCCCAGUUUGCUUAAAGCUUGUGGUGGAUUGGGGGCUGUUGGGUAUGGUGAAAUGAUUCAUACCCAUUUGAUAAAAGUUGGGUUUUUGUCUGAUGUUGUUAUUGGAAGCUCUGUUGUAGCCAUGUAUGCAAAAUGCAAUAUGUUUGAGGAAGCUACCCAUGUGUUCGAUGAAAUGCCUGAGAGAGAUGUUGCUUGUUGGAACACUGUUAUUUCUUGUUAUAAUCAAGACGGGAAAGCUGAAAAAGCGUUGGAAUUGUUUGAGAAAAUGAGGGACGAUGGACUCGAACCAAAUUUAGUAACGCUUACGAUUGUUAUCUCGUCGUGUGCGAGGCUUAUGGAUUUGGAAAGAGGGAAGAAGAUUCAUCGAGAAUUGGUUGAAACCGGGAUUGGUUUGGAUGGUUUCCUUGGCUCUGCUCUUGUUGAUAUGUAUGGAAAAUGUGGUUGUAUAGAGAUAGCUAGAGAGGUUUUCGAGCAAAUACCGAAAAAGGAUGUGAAUGUGAUCACUUGGAAUACCAUGAUUGCUGGUUAUAGUUCCAUAGGUAAUAGCCAAUCUUGUAUUGAACUCUUUAAGAAGAUGAAUGUGGAAGGGAUUGAACCUUCUUUAACUACUUUAAGCAGCAUCAUAAUAGCUUGUUCGAGAUCAGCCCAACUUCGGUAUGGGAAGUUCACACAUGGUUACAUGAUAAGAAACAUGAUUGAAACCGAUAUCUUUGUUAACAAUUCCCUUAUUGAUUUAUACUUCAAAUGUGGAAAUGUUCAUUUAGCUGAAAAUGUCUUUAAGUUAAUGCCAAAGACAGAUGUAGUCUCGUGGAACGUUAUGAUCUCGGGGUAUGUUUCUGUUGGAAAAUGCUUUGAUGCUCUUGGUAUUUACGAUAGUAUGGUAAAAGCCGGUGUAAAACUGGAUGCAGUAACGUAUAGUAGUGGCUUAGCCGCUUGUUCGCAGUUAGCUGCUUUAGAAAAAGGGAAGGAGAUUCAUAGUUCUAUAAUUGAGAACAAGUUGGAAAGAAAUGAAGUUGUUAUGGGGACACUACUAGACAUGUAUGCAAAAUGCGGUGCCGUAGAUGAAGCAUAUAUAAUAUUCCGUGAUUUACCGGAGAGGGAUCUAGUGUCUUGGACUUCUAUGAUCACUGCUUACGGUUCUCACGGUCGAGCUUCCGAGGCUUUGAAUCUUUUCGAUAAAAUGCAGAAAUCUAAUACAAAAUCAGAUGGAGUUACUUUCCUUGCGGUUUUAUCUGCUUGUAGCCAUGGAGGAUUGGUUGAUGAGGGCUGUUCUUAUUUCCAUCAAAUGAUCAAUGAACAUAGUAUUAAACCGCAACGGGAACACUAUUCAUGCUUGAUCGAUCUUCUUGGACGUGCUGGUCGAUUACAUGAAGCAUACGAGAUUCUCCAAAGUACCCGGGAAACUAGAGAGGAUGUUGAGUUGCUAAGCACACUAUUGUCUGCGUGCCGUUUGCACCGGUGUUUAGAGCUAGGGGAAAAAAUUGCAGGAUUGCUUAUCAAGAAAGAUCCCGAUGAUUCAUCUACGUAUAUCGUUUUAUCAAAUAUGUAUGCUUCUGCUAAGAAGUGGAGCAAAGUACGCGAAGUGAGAUUGAAGAUGAAGGAACUAGGACUGAGAAAGAACCCGGGUUGUAGUUGGAUUGAGGUCGACCGGAGGAUCCAACCUUUCUUUGUUGAAGAUAAUUCACACCCGGAAUCAAAGAUCAUGUAUGAAUGUCUAUCAUGCCUCAACAGUUACAUGGAAAAGGAUGUCAUGAUGGAAGCUUUCGAAUCGAGCAUAGACUAAGGUGUUGUUUGAUAAAACAGAAAAUCAAACAUCUGAAAUUCAAGCACUAAGAAUAAUAAAAUACUCAAAUUCUGAAUUAA